UCAAUAAGACCCCACAUCAAUUCCUCUCUCUGCCCACCUCCGUUGCUACCCCUUAAAACAACCAUUUCCUCACCCAAGCGAAUCCCAUUGUGCCAUGGGCGUCGACAUGUCUAACCCACCCACCAAAGACUUCUUUGCUUCUCCCGCUCUCUCCCUCAGCCUUGCCGGAAUAUUCCGCGAUGCCGGUGCCGCGGCGGCUGCAGCAGCUGCGAAUAUGGAGGUGGAGGAAGGAGAUGAAGGAAGUGGAGGAGGAGGAUCAGGUAAAAGAGAAGAGACCGUUGAGAUUAGUAGCGAGAACUCGGGUCCUGCAAGAUCAAGAUCAGAAGAUGAGUUAUUAGAGCACGAGGAUGAAGAAGACGAUGGGGACAAAAGCAAAAAGAAGAAGAGGAAGAAGUAUCAUCGUCACACCGCAGAGCAAAUCAGAGAAAUGGAAGCUCUGUUUAAGGAAUCACCCCAUCCAGAUGAGAAGCAAAGGCAGCAGCUGAGCAAACAAUUAGGCCUUGCUCCAAGGCAAGUCAAGUUCUGGUUUCAAAAUCGUCGAACACAAAUCAAGGCUAUACAAGAGCGCCAUGAAAAUUCUUUGUUGAAACAAGAGCUGGACAAACUCCGGGACGAAAACAAAGCCAUGAGGGAGACUAUAAACAAAGCUUGUUGCCCCAGCUGCGGCAUGGCUACCACUAGCAAAGAUGGCUCCAUGACAACUGAAGGACAGCAACUACGUAUCGAGAAUGCCAAACUCAAAGCCGAGGUAGAAAAACUGAGAGCAGCUAUUGGAAAAUACCCUCCAGGGGCAGCUUCGACUAGUUCAUGCUCGGCUGCAAAUGACCAAGAAAACAGGAGCUCAUUGGAUUUUUACACCGGAAUAUUUGGGCUUGAGAAGUCAAGAAUUAUGGAGAUUGUUAACCAAGCAACGGAAGAGUUGAAGAAGAUGGCUACGGCUGGUGAACCGCUGUGGGUUCGAAGCGUCGAGACUGGUCGCGAGAUUCUUAACUAUGAUGAGUAUGUCAAAGAAUUCUCUGUCGAAAAUUCAAGCAAUGGGAGGCCGAAAAGAUCCAUUGAGGCCUCUAGAGGGACCGGGGUUGUUUUUGUUGAUCUCCCAAGGCUAGUUCAAAGCUUCGUGGAUGUGAAUCAAUGGAAGGAAAUGUUCCCAUGCUUAAUUUCAAAGGCGGCUACUGUUGAUGUGAUUUGCAACGGUGAAGCUCCUAACAGAAGUGGUGCUGUACAAUUGAUGUUUGCGGAGCUGCAAAUGCUCACACCCUUGGUGCCUACCAGAGAAGUAUAUUUUGUCCGGUAUUGCAAGCAAUUGAGUGCUGAACAAUGGGCAAUUGUCGACGUUUCUAUUGACAAAGUUGAGGAAAAUAUUGAUGCAUCCUUAGUAAAAUGCAGAAAACGUCCAUCAGGUUGCAUCAUCGAGGAUAAAUCCAAUGGCCAUUGCAAGGUUACCUGGGUGGAACACCUUGAGUGCCAGAAAAGCACCGUUCACACCAUGUACCGCACCGUCGUUAGCAGUGGUCUAGCCUUUGGUGCAAGGCAUUGGAUGGCAACAUUGCAACUUCAGUGUGAACGGCUUGUUUUCUUCAUGGCAACCAAUGUUCCAACUAAGGAUUCAACUGGUGUUGCAACAUUGGCUGGGAGGAAGAGCAUUUUGAAGUUGGCCCAACGAAUGACAUGGAGCUUUUGCCAUGCAAUUGGAGCAUCAAGCUAUCACACUUGGAACAAAGUCCCUAGUAAAACAGGGGAAGACAUUAGGGUUUCUUCCAGGAAAAAUUUAAAUGACCCUGGCGAACCUCUUGGGGUGAUUGUCUGUGCUGUUUCUUCCGUUUGGUUGCCUGUCUCUCCUAAUGUCCUAUUUGAUUUCUUGAGAGAUGAAGCUCGUCGCAAUGAGUGGGAUAUCAUGUCAAAUGGAGGUCCUGUACAGUCCAUUGCAAACCUCGCCAAGGGGCAAGAUCGGGGCAAUGCAGUAGCAAUUCAAGCAAUGAAGUCAAAAGAGAAUAGCACGUGGGUGCUCCAAGACAGUUGCACAAAUGCUUUUGAAUCCAUGGUGAUCUUUGCUCACGUGGACAUAGCUGGUAUGCAGUCAGUGAUCACAGGGUGCGACUCAAGCAACAUGGCCAUAUUACCUUCAGGGUUCUCCAUUCUUCCUGACGGGCUCGAGUCAAGGCCUUUAGUGAUCACUUCUAGGCAAGAGAAGAGCAAUGAUACCGAAGGAGGAUCUUUGCUUACAAUAGCUUUCCAAAUCCUAACGAACAGUUCCCCGACUGCCAAACUAACCAUGGAAUCUGUGGAAUCUGUCAACACACUAAUAUCUUGCACAUUGCGAAGCAUUAAGACGAGCUUGCAGUGCGAAGAUGGUUGACCACGAUAGUUUUCUUGAUUAGGUAGAUAUUAAUUGUAAAACACUCAAUAGGGUUUUUCUUUUAUUUAUUUUUUCCUUUUCUCUUCCUUUUACCCCCACGACUAACAGGUUUAAGAAAAUGACCUAUUUUUGCGAUGUGGGCUUUGUUUCUAUUCCUUCUUGGUUAGCACAUGGUUUGGACUUCAGGCAUAUUUUUACAGGGCAAGCUGGAUGGAGAGAGUUGGAUUUCAAAACCUUUUUAGAUCUAGGAGAGUGAAAUAUUCUCUUGUAUAGAAUUACUAUUCAUUAAUGCAAUAUUGUGGUUAUCUUGAUUGCUUUACCAA